UCCCUUGUGGGGCGUGCGAGAGAGCUCACCCGCAGUGCAGGAGGCUGACGGGUGGGGUGGGGUGGGGGCCUUUGGAGGGGCUGGCAGCCCUCUGCUGGGCAGUGGUCUUGCCCGUGGGGUGGGGGAGCGCCAGGCUCAGGUGGAGGCGGGGUUGCGGUACCUUGUGGCUUUGGCCAGCUAGGCUCAGCGAGGGCCGGCGGUCAGAGGUGUGCCCCUGCCCUCGCCUCCGGCUGUUCUCUGUCCCAGAGGCCUCUGGGGAGUCUAGACUUGGAGCUUCUGUGCAGAGGUCUGGGAGAUGCCGGGAGCCACCGCGGAAGAGGGUCCCAUCCCCACCCCCGCCUGCACCCUGCACCCCACCCUGCACGGUGUGGGUUAUUCUGCACCUGAGCUGUUCACGCCCACUCGUGCCACCUUCACUCUGGCCCCGGGUCUCAGGCCCCGUCACACAUGCCUCCAUGUGUGUUCACUCGGCCCUGAGGGCUGUGCCCUCCUGCUGCCUGUCCUUGCUAACCCAGUUUCACGUUUCAUGAGUGUCUCCAGGCCUGCCGGAGGGCUGUCGACAGCAGCUCAAGCAGCCGGCUCCCUGCUCUUCGGCAGAACCCGGCAUGAGGCUUUCUGGUGCUGGCCCUCACGUGGUCAGCUGGCCCAGGUCAGAGAGACUGGCACUCUAGCGAGAGGAUGCCGGCUGGAGCUGCGGGGCAUCCUUCUGAGGCGUCUGUCCGUGGGUGGGCUAACCAUGUCGGUGCCCCACUUUUUGUUCGUUUGUUUGGAUUUCCAGAGGACUGCCGGGCAAGAGCUCGUGAGAAACCUCAGCAGGAAGCGACAGCCAAGUGCUUGGCUUCCUGAACUCAAGAUGAGCUUGGUCGCUGUGUGCUCGCUCAGCUGCCUGGCAGGGCCUGGGGCUCCUCUCCAGCAGGACCUCUCCCCAGGCUUGGCAGCUGGGGUCCGGGUUAGCAGAACUGUCUGCAGGUGUGCAGUCCCACCCCUGCGGCGAACACCUGAGCCCCCCAGCUCACUAAGCUAUCUCCCCAGUGUCCGCAGUGGCUCUGCAUGCUUAGUCCCAUGGGGUCCUGCAGGAACCGACCCUAAGGCCUUCGUGGCUGCUGACCUGAGGGUGGGCUCUGUGACCUCAGUGCCUGAGGUGGCUACCCUGCUGCCUAUAGCUUGAUCCCUGGGCCAUGCUGCUUGUGAGAGAACUCGCAGCUCCAGCUCGUCGGAUCGGUGGGCGUGCACAUCUGGUACACGUCCUGUGCACACCCCUGGCCCAGAGCUCUGCAUCUUGUGGCCAAUUUCUUAAUUGCUAAGCAAGUUAAAGGUCUGCUUUCUGAGAGAGCUAAAUGAGAAUUUAGAAUUGUAUGUGCUGGGUUACACUGACCUAUCUCAGACACAUUACUUUUCCCUUAAGAUUUUAAAGUUAUUUUUAAUUAAUCUAUUUAUUCCCUUUUG